AUGCUGCGCUUUCUGCCCCUCAAACUGGGCCGCCUGUACCGCUGUCUCAAACUUCUGCUGGUAGUGGGAUUAUUUGUGGUCCUGCUGAUGAACACCCACAACCUGUUUGCCUCAUUCCAGAAGAACGAGCUCACUGACAGACGCUUCAUCAACCUGAACAAGUGUCCUGCCUGUUUUGGCACCAGCUGGUGUCGGAAGUUCAUGAACGGACAGGUGUCCUUUGAGACCUGGGGCCGCUUGCGAUUCCUUGAUGUUUUCAAUGUCAAAAAUGUUUACUUUGCUCAAUAUGGAGAGCCAAGGGAGGGCACUCGGCGUGUGGUGCUCAAGAGACUCGGCUCCAACCAGGAGCUGGCAGAGAUAGACCAGAAGAUCUGUAAGAGAGCCACAGGUAGACCCAGAUGUGAUCUCAUUCAGGCAAUGUACAAGACUGAGUUUGCCAGGAUAAAUGGAGAUGUGCGUCUGCUUACCCCAGACGUAGUAGAGGGCUGGUCAGACUUGGUGCACUGUCCUUCUCAAAGACUAUUGGACCGUGUAGUGCGCAGGUACGCUGAGACCAAAGACUCAGGCAGCUUCCUGCUCAAGAACCUUAAAGACACAGAGAGGAUGCAGCUGCUCAUGACGCUGGCAUUUAACCCUGAACCACUUGUUCUCCAGAGCUUUCCGUCAGAUGAAGGCUGGCCCUUUGCCAAAUACCUGGGAGCGUGUGGACGUGUGGUGGCUGUAAACUACGUGGGCGAGGAGCUGUGGAGCUUCUACAACGCUCCGUGGGAGAAGAGGGUGGACCUGGCCCGUCAGCUGAUGGACAUUGCUGAGCAGUUAACCAACAAUGACUUUGACUUUGCCCUCUACCUGCUCGAUGUCAGCUUCGAUAACUUUGCGGUCGGCCCGAGGGACGGAAAGGUCAUUGUUGUCGAUGCAGAGAAUGUCCUGGUGGCAGACAAGAGGCUGAUCAAGCAAAAUAAGCCAGAGAACUUUGAUGUAUGGUACGAGAGCCGCUUCGAGGAGUGCGACCGAGAGGCCUGCCUGUCCUUCUCCAAAGACGCGCUCUGCUCCAGGGUCACAGUGGAUCAUAAUUACUAUGCCAUUUGUCAGAACCUGCUAUCCCGGUAUGCUACGUGGCGUGGCACCACCGGCGGACUACUCCAUGACCCCCCAGCCCACAUAGCCAAAGACGGACAGCUAGAAACUCUCUUGGACGAAUGCACCAAACCUAAAAAGCGCUAUGGUCGCUACCAGGCGGCAAAAGAAUUACGCGAGUACCUCACACAGUUAGCUGCUUCUUCUGCUGCAGCUACAGCUAGGUAG